CGCUACAAAACACGCCCUAGUCUGUGAUAUCGCAGCGCGGCUUUUUCAGUGCAUCUAUUGACAGCGGAGAUGUCAACGUCGGCGGCCUUGACGGAUAGAAGAGGGAUUCCGGCGGCGGCGUUCGUCGAGGAUGUGCAGAUUUAUCUUUCUCAAUUGAAUCUAGAUGUCAACUCCGCCCUCGCAUUUUUGCAAGAGAGACUUCAACAAUACAGAGUGGUGGAGAUGAAACUUCUUGCUCAGCAGAGGGAUCUUCAGGCAAAAAUCCCGGACAUUGAGAAGUGCUUAGACGUUGUUGCCACUUUGCAAUCAAAGAAGGGCACUGGUGAGGACCUUAUUGCUGACUUCGAAGUAUCUGAAGGCAUCUACUCCCGGGCUCGCAUUGAGGAGGCCGAAUCUGUCUGCCUAUGGCUGGGAGCGAAUGUGAUGCUGGAUUAUUCUUGUGAAGAGGCAACUGUCCUCCUUCAAAAAAAUUUGGAAAAUGCAAAAGCAAGUUUAGAAGUUCUUGUAGCUGAUCUUCAAUUCUUAAGGGAUCAAGUGACAAUUACUCAGGUCACAAUUGCUCGUGUGUACAACUGGGACGUACAUCAACGUAGACUGCAGCAAGCCGCUGCUACACCCUCAGAGUCCUAAAACGUGGUGGUGGUUCUCCAGUUUCUCCUCCAGAUUAUAGCACAAGUGACCUUGUUUCUUGCCCGGUCGAACCUUUAUACAAAGACAAGUUGUAGCCCUACUGAGUCUAUGAUUUUUUAACCAGGCCCUGUUUUGUGCCUUAUUAACUUCAUAGCUCAGCAUAUGUUUGAACAUCUUGAAUUGUGUUGUUGUAAUGUGAAGGCUUAUGCAUUUCCUCAACUUUGUGUAUGAAUCAUUACAUGUCUCAAUUUGCCAACCUAGUUGUUUCA